GUGCUUGCUGACACUUUUAUAAGGUUCAAGCAACCUUCUUCCACAGGAUGGCCAUUAUCUACCCGACUUCUGGUGGUGGCUUAUAGACUGCUGGAUGUCAGGUCUUACCCUUCGAGAUUUGAUUCUCUCUCCAUGAUUCCUCAGACCUCUGCCUUAUUGGAAGAGAAUCAGACAAUGAUCAAAUCUCAGGGUCCAGUCUCAUUUGAGGACGUGGCUGUGAAUUUCACCUGGGAGGAGUGGCAGCACCUGGACCCUGCACAGAGGACCCUGUACAGGGACGUGAUGCUGGAGAACUAUAGCCACCUGGUCACAGUGGGGGGUCCAGUUUCCAAACCAGAUGUCAUCUCCAAGUUGGAACAAGGAGGAGAGCCAUGGAUCAUAAUGAGAGACAGACCAAAUUGGAUCUAUCCAGGUGCAAAUGUGGCAGACGGAGAUAAGGACAGAGAAAGUAGACUUGAUACCCCUCAACUGGAUAGAUUUGGAGAUGUCCUCUUUCAUAAGGAGGUACUGAAAAGUAUCCCAAGGGAUUAUUCAAUAUACUCCAUCUGGCAAGGUAAUGACCAACUGGAGAGAAAUCAGGAAAACCAAGACAAACUUCUCAGGCAAGUCACAGUCAUCAACAACAAAGCAGUUACUCAAGAGUCAGGCCAUCCAUUUAAUACAUUUGGAAAAUUAUUUCAUGACUGCACAGACCUCAAUACAUCAAAAGUAAAACUGUACAUAUGUGAUUCAUUUGAAAAGAGCUUGAAGCCUAAUAUGAACCCAUUCAGUUGUAAUAGGUGUCAUGCAAGAAAAAACACUGAUGAGAAUUUUAAAUGUGGGAGAACACCUAGCUACCGAUCUUUCUGCUCUAUGCAUGAAAACAUUCAUAAGGAAAUGAAGCACUGUGAAAGCACUCAGUGUGGAAAGAUUCUCAGCAAUAAACAGUCUCUUAUUCAUUAUGUGAACUUUGAAACUGGGGAGAAGACCUAUGCAUGUACUGAAUGUGGAAAAUCCUUUCUCAAGAAAUCACAGCUUAUUAUACAUCAAAGAAUUCAUACUGGAGAGAAACCUUAUGGUUGUGGUGCAUGUGGAAAAGCCUUCAGUGAGAAGUCACACCUCAUUGUACAUCAGAGAACUCAUACCGGGGAGAAACCUUAUGCAUGUUCUGAAUGUGGAAAAGCCUUCUCUCAGAAAUCUUCCCUCAUUAUUCAUCAGAGAGUUCACUCUGGGGAAAAACCAUAUGAGUGUAGUGAAUGUGGGAAAACCUUCUCCCAGAAAUCACCCCUAAUUAUACAUCAGAGAAUACAUACUGGGGAAAAACCCUAUGAAUGUAAUCAGUGUGGGAAGGCCUUCUCCCAAAAGUCACAGCUGAUUAUACAUCACAGAGCUCACACUGGAGAGAAGCCAUAUGAGUGUGCCGAAUGUGGGAAAGCCUUCUGUGAGAAGUCCCACCUUAUUAUACAUAAAAGAAUUCACACUGGUGAAAAGCCCUACAAAUGCGCUCAGUGUGAGGAAGCAUUCAGCAGGAAGUCAGAACUCAUUAUACACCAGAUAAUUCAUACUGGGGAGAAACCCUAUGAAUGUACCGAAUGUGGAAAGACAUUCUCCCGGAAGUCACAGCUCAUCAUACAUCAGAGAACACACACUGGGGAGAAACCCUACAAAUGCAGUGAAUGCGGAAAAGCCUUCUGUCAGCAGUCGCAUCUCAUUGGACACCAGAGAAUUCACACAGGAGAAAAACCUUACGUAUGUUCCGAAUGUGGGAAAGCUUUCUCUCAGAAAUCUCACCUCCCAGGGCAUCAGCGCAUUCAUACAGGAGAGAAACCUUACAUAUGUGCUGAAUGUGGAAAGGCCUUUUCCCAGAAGUCAGACCUUGUUGUACAUCGGAGGAUUCAUACUGGGGAGAAACCCUAUCGAUGUGCUGUAUGUGAGAAGGCCUUCAUCCAGAAGUCACAACUCACUGUACAUCAGAGAAUUCAUAUAGUAAUGAAACAAUAGCAAACCACAGAAAAGCCUUCAGUAUCAUUUCAAGCCUUAAUAGAUACUGCAAAACCGAUAGAUUUGAUGAGUUUUGGAACUACGUCUCUGUUGAUAAAAUUUUACAUGUGAAAUCAUGCUCCUAAUAUAUUUCAUAUUUAAUCAAAGAUAACAGAAAAGUCUUAGUAUAGAAAUGAAUGGGGCUUUUUCACUAUGGCAUAUAAAAUUAUUAAAGUGUGAAAUGAAUGAUUAGCCUAACACAACAUGUUACAUAUAUAGUCUGUUUUGAAUUACAUGCUCCUGAUUAUACUACAUAAUAAGGAUCAAACAUAAGAUAUUGUUAAUGUUAGCCUAGCAUAAUUUUGGUCAUACAGUCAUUCCCUAUAGAGCAUGUUAAGAAAGCUUGCCUCAAAAAAUGCCAAGAUCUAGAAAUUGCAUUUGAAGGAGGGGCUUGAUAUGUGCCCUAAAGAUAUAUAUAAAAUUGUUCUUGUAGAAAGACAGAAAUAUGGGU